GCCCCAUUUCGGAUGCCUCUAUCUAGCCUCUUUCCUGGGCGCUCCUCUGCUCUCAGCUGUGCCGCCAGUGUCGGUGGCCCACUGGCCAGACGCUGCACCUGGCCCCCUCUUCGGUCGCCCCUGUUCCUGUCUUCCAGCAGCGCCGGUACUCACCCAGCCCUUCCAGUGGGCGCCCACUGUCCCUGCCCCAACUUCUCUUCGCGCCAGUGUUCGCAUAUGGGACAUGGAACCGGAGGGAAGGAGCAGGGUCUCGGGGAACCUGGAUUCCAGCCAACAGAUGGCGAAGGAAAGCAGGACACCCGGGUCCCCAACCUUAAAUGACAGCUGCAGCGAUCCCGGACACGCAGGGGUCGGGAAGGAGGGGACGUUGAUGGGCGAACUGGAGGCACUGGUCCAGGAGAUGGUGAAGGCGAGUAGUUGGUGGGAGCGGCACGGCCUGGAUUGGUUCAUCCUUGCCCUUAACUUCCUCGCUUUACCCUUAGGAUUCCUGUGUCUUCGAUCCCAGAGUGCCCUGGUUUUUGCUCUAGGGAUCAUCAUCCUGGGAAUGGUGCAUCACACAUUCACGGUCAAGGGUAGCCACCUAGCCAGCCAUGGAGCCCUCAGCAACUCCAAACACUGGAGCAGAUUUUGGGUGCUCUUCUUUGUGGAAGUGUGUACUUCGUUCACAGCUGAACAGGCCACACAUGGCCAUGUGAAGAUCCAUCAUGGUUAUACCAAUGUGGUGGGCCUGGGGGACUCAAGUACGUGGAAGGUGCCUAGCCUGAAUCGAUAUGUCUACAUGUUCUUUGCUCCGUUGAUGUUACCCAUCAUGACCCCUCUGGUGGCACUUGGGCUGCUGAGGAAGGAGGAGCCCAGGAUAGUUCUUCGGACCCUGUGCCUCAUGUUCCUGGGGCUCUUCUCUCACUACUGGCUGCUUAUCAAAGUCUCUGGCUUCCAGUCACCUGGGUUGGCUCUUCUCUGUAUGCUUGUGACCCGGGGACUGCUGGCUCACCCCUACAUCCAUGUUAACAUCUUUCAGCACAUUGGGCUGCCCAUGUUCUCUUUGGAUAAGAAGCCCCGGAGGAUCCACAUGAUGAGCCUUGGAGUGCUCAACCUGCCCCGAAACCCCAUCCUGGACUGGACCUUUGGUCAUUCCCUCAUCAGUUGCCAUGUGGAACAUCACCUCUUCCCCCGGCUCUCUGAUAACAUGUGUCUAAAGGUGAAGCCAGUGGUGUCUCAGUUCCUUCAAAGGAACCAUCUGCCAUACAAUGAGGACUCCUACCUGUCAAGACUUGGGAUUUUCUUGAGCAGAUAUGAGGAACUCAUGGUACAUGCCCCUCCCAUCACUGACCUUGUGGGGCUCCAGUGAGGAUGUUUCCUCACUGACAAGUCUCCCCAGCCCCCUUGACCUAACCAGGGUUCUGGCUCAAGAUUCUUCUGCUUUGGCUGGGAACAUCCCCAGAGACGUCACCCUAGAACCCAAGCCUGCCUCUCUCUGCUCUGUGGAUCUGGGGAGGGCUUCUCGGAGAUGGUUACUAUGCUUUCUACCCUUCCAUUUGGGGAUGGGAGGGAUGGCUACUGGAUAGGAGGCACAUCCAGCAUUGUACCUCCCCCAGAGGACAAGUGGGUAGAUGCCCUGGAAGCCUAUGGAACAUUUCCAUCUGUUUUCACUUUCCUGAGUUGGGGAUAGAGUAGGAAGUAAAAAGGGGUGACCUACACUCUUUUGGGAAUAGUGCACCUUCUCCAUGGUACUUUAGACAAUCUUCAUCUCAGGACAAAUCAGCCUGAUCCCUUGUCCCCCCUCUCCUCUGUCUUCCUUUCUGACUCUGAAUGUGAAAUGCCAGUGAGGGCAGCAGGCUUCACUGAGACAUUUGGUAAGAAAGGAGAAGAAAGGAAGGUUCAGGCCUGUGGGCUCCCAAGGAACCCUCCACACAGUAGUCACUGAGGUCCAUUUCUAGGCUGUAAUUGCCAAUUCACUGUGAGAACCCCAGCUUAGGCAAGCCAGAAUCAGCCCAAGAUUUUGGCUCAGCGUUUGUUUCCCUGUGGCCCAUCUGGGUGAGGUUUAAAAGCAAAGGGGGGGGCAGCUAGGGGGCGCAGUGGAUAGAGCACCAGCCCUGGAUUCAGGAGUACCUGAGUUCAAAUCUGGCCUUGGACACUUAACACUUACUAGCUGUGUGACCCUGGGAAAGUCACUAAAAAAAAAAGCAAAGGGGAAUCAGAUUAAGUACUUCCCCCAAGGUGGAAAACUGGGUAGGAAUUUAUAGACAUCUGUGAGUAAUCUUGGUGAUCACUAGAAAAAACAAAACACAACAACAAAACCCUAGAUUUGAAUUGAGAUUUUUGAAUAAAAGGUGGAGAGAGUGUAAUCUAUUUGGGGAGAAGAUGCUUAUGGUAGGGAAACAUAGCUGGGGAUGAAAGCAACAUAAGAAAAAGAUUUAGAAUUGGAGUUAUGCAAGUAAGAAAGAGAGAGAAAAAGGAGAAUGGGAUAGGACAGCUAGUUAAUGGAGGGAAGGAGACCUUGAAGGCAAGAUCACAGGUCAAGGCCAGGAACAAUAUAGAACAGUGAUACUUUAGCUUGCAGCUUGUAAGUAUAAUAAUGGAUUGGAGCAGGGAGAGAGAGGGGAGAGGAGUGGGAAACUAGAGGAGAGGCCAAGGGACUAGUGAGCUGCAGGACAUCCACGAAGCUUAGACUGGACAGGUCUGGACUGGCUGCAGGGUUGAAAGUGUAGCUGGUUUUGUUACAUGGGCAUACACCAAGUCAAGUGGUUAGCUCAGAGCUGGGAGGCUGGCUUAAAAAGUAUGCUAGGAUUUAUUCUAGGAUUUCAAUGGAAAUAAUUUAAAAAUAACUCAUAGAACAGAGCAGAGCAGGGGGUCCAAUUAUUCAGAUGGAGAAUGGGGGAUGGGGAAUGGAUGCUAAAGUUUUGGGGAAAAACUCAGGAAAUCAGCCUCAGGUUUAGAGAAAUUCUUUCAGCCUUGGAAGAGGGGAAUAUUACUCUCCAGGGUGAUCUUCUGUGGCAUCUUUGAUAUCAGAAUAUAGCUACAAGAGCAAGACUCCACUCCUCUCUCUUACAGAGGGGGCAAGGGAGUUGGGGCAGUCCUUUCAGUCAAGAGAAUGAUGGGAACAUACAGCUGUGAUGUAGUGGCAUUAUCAUUAAGCCAACAAGGUGGUGUGACAAGGUAAUGGUCUUGGAGGAGGGGAAGGGGAGUUGGAAUCAUGCCUCAGACACUUUCUAGCAAUGUGAUCCUGGACAAAAUGAUUACCUCGUUGGCAAAAUGGAGACAACAACAGCAACCUACCUGACAGAGGUGUUGUGAGGAUCAAGUGAGCUAACAUUGCAAAGCACUUUUGAAAUCUUAAAGCACUACAUACAUGUUAACAAUUACUAUUAGAUUCAGUUUGGGUUUGUAAAUGCAUCAGCAACCUUGAGAACUGGGAGGCAGGUUAAUUAAAUAGCUAAUCCUCCAAAUAAAUAAAGGCCUCAGUUUGAUAGUCCUGGCUAAUAAAACUAUCCCAAGAUGUGA